AUGUCCGGACCUCCAGGAGCCCCCACCGUCCCCACGCCAUCCCCCGAGGCCAUAGCAGUCGCCGAUUUCCUCAAAGGCUCUCCGCAGCUCAAGAUCCGCACCUGCAUCCUCCAGGGCCAGCGUAAAGACCUCUUCAAAGUCAAGCGCGCCAUCCGCGCCCUGCAAUCCCCCGAGUACGCCAAAGCCUGCGCCAAAAAUCCCAAGCUCCCCAAAGUCAGCUCUCCGCAGACAGCGGCGGAAGCGUUCUCGCUGCUCCCACGCUCGCUGCUCGCGCUGCGCGUCACCAAGAUCGAAGAAGAAGGUCCCAAAAACCCGAAGCGCGUAAAAGGGCAAUGGACGGUCAAGGUGGAGCCGCAGCAGGAGAUCCGCGACGACCUGUACUACGCGUUCUUCUACGAGCCCAGGACGUGGGCCAUGACGUUCAUCGCCGUCGGGCUCGUGCUGGGGCUCUUCGGCGUGGUGCUGUUCCCGCUGUGGCCGCCGAUGCUCCGCCUCGGCGUCUGGUACCUCAGCAUGGGAAUGCUCGGCCUCAUCGGUCUGUUCCUUGUCAUGAGCAUGUUCAGGCUCAUCCUCUUUGUCAUCACCAUGGUCGUUGCCCCGCCUGGCCUCUGGCUGUAUCCGAAUCUGUUUGAGGACGUCGGGUUCUUCGAUUCUUUCCGCCCGAUGUGGGCCUGGCAUAAGGUCAAGAAGCCCAAAGGAGGCAAAGCCGUGCCCCCCGCAGCGCCCGGCAUCUCAGCCCCUUCUGUAGCCGUCAUUCCACGGAAGGCCAUGGUUGAGGAGGUGCACGAGUAG